AUGGCGAACCCCAAAUUCGCGAUCCUGGACGAUUACCAGGGCAUUGCGACUCAAUACUUUGCCCACCUCGAGUCCCGCAUCGACAUCUCCAGUUUCCCCGAGACUCUUGACCCGCGCAACCCCGCCCAACACGAUGCGCUCAUCCAGCGCCUCGAGCCCUUCGACGUGAUCCUAGCCAUGCGCGAGCGGACCCCCUUCGCCGCAAAAACAAUCAAUUCCCUUCCAAACCUAAAACUCCUCCUCACAACCGGCCUAAGAAACCUUUCGUUAGAUCUUGAAACCUUCACCGACCGAAAAAUUCCCGUAGCGGGUACGGAAGGUCGACCACCCGGCGUGAACAGUACAGUCCAACACACUUGGGCAUUGAUCCUCGCCUCAGCACGGAAUAUAGCGCGGGAUGACGCGGCUGUCAAACAGGGUGGAUGGCAGGGAUCAUUGGGAAUGACUCUCUCUGGGAAAAAAUUGGCGUUAUUGGGACUCGGAAAGCUUGGGUCGUGGGUGGGCAAGAUCGGCAUUGAGUCCUUUGGAAUGGACGUCAUUGCUUGGUCGGCGAACUUAACGCAGGAGAAAGCCGAUGAGCAGGCGAUUGCUCAUGGUCUCCCCGCGGGCAGUUUUACAGUGGUCCCGUCUAAGUCGGAGUUCUUUGCUAGUGCCGAUAUUGUCAGUGUGCAUUAUGUGCUUUCUGAUCGUAGUCGUGGCAUUGUGGGUACGGAUGAGCUUGCAGCGAUGAAACCCAGUGGCAUUAUCAUUAAUACUUCUCGUGGGCCGUUGAUCGACGAGUCCGCUCUACUGGGUGCGCUGAAUGCCGGUCAAAUUCGGGGCGCUGCAUUGGAUGUUUUUGAUCCUGAGCCUUUGCCUUUAGAUAGUCCGUGGCGUACUACAAGUUGGGGACAAGAUGGACGUAGCGAAGUGCUUUUAACUCCCCACAUGGGAUAUGGUGAGGAAGACUUGCUGCGGGGAUGGUAUAAGGAGGUCGCGGAGAACCUGGAGCGUUGGUUAAAUGGCGAGACACUAUUGCGUAAAUUAAAUUGA